AUGAGGCUCUUGCUGGGUGUCUUCCUGUGUGCGUGCGUGGCCAUGUGCCUGCUGCACGUCCUGAAGUGGCGCUCGGAGGGGCGUCGCGUGCCGAGAGAGCAGCUGUGGAAAGACGAGGCGAUUCCGGGAGUCUUCUGCAAAAAUGCUCCGGUGCAACUUUGGGGUUCCCGGUGUGCGCGUCCGGGAACGGGCCUCUGGGGCAGCGGGGGUGCUUUGCCGUCGCGGCCCCCAAUUCCCGCUGGGAGCCUAGCCCGAGCCCCCUCCCCCCCCGCGACGCAGUUCUCUAGACUCGAAGUGCCCACUGCGUGCUGGCUGGUGGGACCCAAGAGGGUCAUGGGCUCCCUUGGGGGGGAAGCAGUGGGCUGUAGGGGAGAGAAAACAGCAGGCCUCUCCUUGGUCUGGGGCCUUGUGGGUGAAUUGCGUAACCUUUCUUGUGCCUCAGGGGCUGAAUGCUUCCCGGCUUGCGACCCCCAAAAUGGAUUCUGCGAGGAUGACAAUGUCUGCAGGUGCCAGCCCGGCUGGCAGGGUCCCCUGUGUGACCAAUGCGUGACCUCUCCCGGCUGCGUGAACGGACUCUGUAAGGAACCCUGGCAGUGCAUUUGCCCCGACGGCUGGGAUGGAGAACUCUGUGAUAUAGAUGUUCGGGCUUGCACCUCGACCCCCUGCGCCAACAACGGGACCUGCGUGAACCUUGACGACGGCCACUACGAGUGCUCCUGCGCCCCUGGAUACUCGGGCAAGGACUGUCACAAGAAGGAUGGGCCCUGUGUGAUCAAUGGCUCCCCCUGCCAGCACGGAGGCACCUGCGUGGACGAUGAGGGCCGGGCCUCCCACGCCUCCUGCCUGUGCCCCCCCGGCUUCUCCGGCAACUUCUGCGAGAUCGUGGCCAACAGCUGCACCCCCAACCCGUGCGAGAACGAGGGCGUCUGCACCGACAUUGGGGGCGACUUCCGCUGCCGCUGCCCGGCCGGCUUCAUCGACAAGACCUGCAGCCGCCCGGUGACCAACUGCGCCAGCAGCCCGUGCCAGAACGGGGGCACCUGCCUGCAGCACUCCCAGGUGAGCUACGAGUGUCUGUGCAAGCCCGAGUUCGCAGGCCCCACCUGCGCCAAGAAGCGCGCGCUGAGCCCCCAGCAGGUCACCCGGCUGCCCAGCGGCUACGGGCUGACCUACCGCCUGACCCCCGGGGUGCACGAGCUGCCGGUGCCGCAGCCCGAGCACCGCAUCCUCAAGGUGUCCAUGAAAGAGCUCAACAAGAGUACCCCUCUCCUCACCGAGGGCCAGGCCAUCUGCUUCACCAUCCUGGGCGUGCUCACCAGCCUGGUGGUGCUGGGCACCGUGGGCAUUGUCUUCCUCAACAAGUGCGAGGCCUGGGUGUCCAACCUGCGCUACAAUCACAUGCUGCACAAGAAGAAGAAUCUUCUGCUUCAGUACAACAGCGGCGAAGACCUGGCGGUCAACAUCAUCUUCCCCGAGAAGAUCGACAUGACCACCUUCAGCAAGGAGGCGGGCGACGAGGAGAUCUGAGCGGCGCUGGCACGGGCCCCCCCUAUAGUCUCGGGGUUCCGCAAGCUCACUCUAUGCGGUCUGUCCUAAUCCUUGUGGUGGAGUUUGCUAGCUUUCGUGUCGAAUCUGGUGAACGCUACGCUUACCUAUAUUGUCUUUGUGUGGCUGUGUGACCAGCGCAAUGCUCAAAGAAUCCUUUUUCUCUCUCUUAAUGCAUGACAAGAAAAUAAGAAUAAUAAUAAGAGUUUCAUCUUUAAACAA